AUGAGUAGCGCAGCACAGUGUGAUCCUCAGGACAGUGAAAACAAAGAGAAGGAGCAGCCCAACCCUACAGCCCCAGCAGAGUGGCAUUUAUCGCAACAAGUGCUUUGGCAGCUGAACCUUGAGAUAAAUUCCCUCUACCAUGUGGAGGCCCAUGCUGAUGAGGUGAAGACAGAUUCUGCUGCUGCUGAUGUUGUUGUCUCUGCCCUUGUCCUUCAUGAGAGGUUGAAGUUGAAUAAGCUUCUCCCGUGGUGUGGUGAAGGCUGGCAGCAGGGAAAUGCAGCAGAAGGACAUUAUGCUGAUGUUGUCUUUCUCAUUGAUGGAUCUCAAAAUAUGGCACGUCAAGAUUUUCAACAGGUCCGGAUCAUGCUUAUAAAAAUGCUCAACAGACUGGACAUUGGCGCCAACAGAUACCGGAUUGGGCUGGCUCAGUACAAUGAGCAGGCAAAAACGGAGUUCUUACUAAAUAGAUAUCAAGAUAAGAACAUGCUGCUUUCUUUCCUAAAGAAGAGUUACCGAUUUAAACCUGGACCUACUUUGAACACAGGGCGUGCGUUGGAUUAUCUACGCAAAAAUUUCUUUACAGCGUCUGCUGGAAGUCGAAAGCUUGAAGGAGUUCCUCAGAUUGCAGUAGUAAUUACAUCCAUGAAAUCGCAGGAUGAUGUUACAAAGGGUGCCGCUGCUUUGAGGAAUGAUGGCAUCAAAAUACUCUCUAUUGGUAUAAAGGAUUCUGAUCUCCAGGAGCUGGAAACAAUGGCAUUUUUGCCAACUUACCCAUAUGUUUACCAGCUCCCCCCUUCACCUAAUCUUAAUCUCCUGAUUACAACAAUAACUAAGAUGGUCCAUGAUGCAUCACAACCAGAAAAAAUAAACAAUGGGCAUCAAGUGUGCCACCCUACUUCAGUUGCUGAUGUUGUUUUCAUUGUGGAUGAAUCAAGUAGCAUUGGAAAAAUAAACUUCCAUCUGGUCCUUGAAUUCCUUUACAAUCUUGUCAAAGUGCUGGAUGUCGGGCCUCAAAUGGUCCACAUUGGUCUGGUUCAGUACAGCACACUCACAACUCCAGUGUUUCAUCUAAACACAUUUCAGAACAAGGCCGAUAUCCUGAAACAGAUCCAAAAGACACCUUACAAAGGAGGAGGAACUUACACGGGAGAAGCUAUUAACUAUGUCAGGGAGAGGUACUUUGCCCCGGAAGCUGGCAGCCGCAUAAAUGAAGGUGUUCCUCAGAUUGCAAUGGUGAUCACUGAUGGCAAAUCCCAGGAUAGUGUGGUAGAGCCAGCCAUUGCCCUCCGACGUUCUGGGGUUAGCGUGUAUGCUUUUGGAAUCAAAGAUGCUGUUGAAAGUGAACUCCGUAAAAUCGCCUCAUUUCCUCCAGAAAGAUAUGUUCAUAUAAUCCAGAGCUUUGACCUAUUAAAGAAAUCGGAGGAACAACUUCAGAAGAAGAUUUGCAAUGAGAUACAUAAGUGGAUUUCAGUAGUUCAAGAUCAAACCGAGCGACUUCAUCAGGGUUGUGCUGAAACUGAAGAAGCCGAUAUCUUUUUCCUAAUUGAUGGGUCAGGCAGCAUAGGACCUGAGAGUUUCCAAGAUUUGAAAAGAUUUGUGAUCGAAAUAAUGAAAGUAUUCAGUGUCGGCACAGAUCGGGUUCAUGUUGGGGUUGUCCAGUACGCAGAUAGUGCACAAACAGAAUGUGAAAUCAUGAAAUAUACCCACAAAAUGGAAUUAGAGCAAGCGAUUAAAAAAAUUAUUCAAAUUGGAGGAGGCACUAAAACAGGUCAUGCAUUAACCUACAUGAAGAAUUUCAUAUGGGAAGCAGAAAGAAGCCGAAAAGCUAGAGUGCAGCGUUUCCUGAUCACCAUCACAGAUGGACGGUCACAGGAUGAUGUAACAAGUCCUGCUGUAGAGCUACGGCAACAGGGGGUCACUGUCUAUGCUGUUGGUGUGGGAGACGCAAACAAAAAAGAACUUGGGCUCAUUGCAGGUGCUGAUGAAAGAGUCCUCUACACGGACAACUUUGACACUUUGAUACAAAUGAAAAACAGCAUCUUAUUGGAUAUCUGUUCAAGGGAAGUCUGCAGUAAGCUUGGCCUAGCCGACAUCAUCUUCCUAAUUGAUGGAUCAGGAAACAUAAAUGCCCAGCAGUUUAUGAAAAUGAAAGAGUUCAUCGAUGGUUUUGUUAAGAAAAUCAACUUGGGAUUAGAUAAUGUUCAUAUUGGUUUGAUCCAAUUUAGCUCCAAGCCCAAAGCAGAGUUUCAGCUUAAUGUACAUUCAGUAAAAGCUGAUCUACACAGAGCAAUCGAUAACAUACAGCAGCUGACAGGGAACGCUUACACAGGCCAAGCGUUGAGUUUUACAGCGGACUAUUUUGAUAAAGCUAAAGGAGGUCGGCCUGAUAUCCCACAGUAUCUCAUAUUGAUAACCAAUGGAGAGGCACAGGAUGCGGUCCUUCAACCAGCCAAAGCCAUAAGGGAUAAAGGAAUCACUGUGUUUGCAGUGGGAGUUUUCAAUGCUAACAGGGCUCAGCUUCUGGAAAUUGGAGGAGCUUCAGAUAAAGUCUACUAUGUUGAGAAUUUUGAACUACUGGAAGAAAUAGAAAAGCAAGUUUUAUGGGAGAUUUGCAGCGGACAUAAAGAUUGCUGGAAAGCAGGAGUCACAGAUGUUGUUUUCGUAAUAGACGGAACGCAGAGCAUUUCCUCUGCUCAGUUUAACAUUAUGAAAAGCUUCAUGACAGGAUUGGUAAAUGGUUCUGAUGUUGCUGCAGACAAGGUUCAGUUUGGAGCUGUUCUCUACGGCGAUAGCCCUCAAACUGUCUUCAAACUCGAUCAGUUCACAAAGAAAGAUGAUAUCUAUAAUGCAAUUUAUGGAAUGAAUCCCGUGGGUGGAUAUACCUACACAGCAAAAGCCCUCAAUUAUGCAAAAGGCCUUUUUGAUCCAACAGGAGGCGGUCGAAAGCAACUUGGAGUGCCGCAGAUCCUUCUGCUCCUUACUGUUGGGCAGGCGACAGAUAAGCAACAAUUAAAUUCUGCAGCUGAGGCCAUCAGGGCCUCUGGUAUUAAUAUUUAUGCAAUUGGUGUAGCAAAUGCAAAUAAAAAUGAACUUCUGCAGAUUGCUGGAUCUCAAGAAAACACCCACUAUUUCCCGGAGUUUGAAACCUUGGAACUCAAAACAAAAUCCAUGUCCCAGAAAUUCUGUCAUGACUCAAAGCCUGACUGUGAAGUUCAUGAGGCAGACAUUGUUUUCCUGAUUGCUGGAUCAGAAAGUAUCAACGCAAAUGACUUCAAGUUUAUGAAAGAUUUCUUGAAAUAUAUGGUAAAAAUGUUCAAUACUGGUCCAACAGAGUUUCAGUUUGCUGUCGCCCAGUUUAGCACGGACACAGUCACUGCUUUUCACCUGAAUGACACCCAUGUCCAAACAGAACUUGUUGAUAAAAUUGAGAACAUCAAACAACUGCCUGCUGGAGAAUUGACGAGGGAAGUAUUUAAGCUUGUGAAGGAUUUAUUCCAACCAUCUGUAGGCAGUCGAAAGCUGAAAGGGGUCCCUCAAUACCUCCUGGUGAUUACAGAUGAAGUGUUCAAAGACAAAGUGAUUGCCCCCGCCAACGACUUGAGGAAGGAAAACAUCAAUGUUUUUGCCAUUGGUAUUGGGCAAGCGAAUGAAAAUCAGCUGGUUCAAAUUAGUGGAGCACCGGAGAGAAAAUUUUAUAUCAAGAACUUUGCUGAAUUAGAUAAAAUUAAAAGAAGAAUUGUUCGUAAACUCUGUACUGCACCCGCAGAAGAUCUUGCUGCUGAUGUGGUAUUCCUGGUUGAAGGGAAUCAAAAUGCUGAAGCAUUUAAACAGCUCCAGAGCUUUAUAAAGGGAAUUAUUACACAGUUGAACGUUGGACCACGUAAAUACAGAAUUGGACUUUCUCAGUUUGGUAAAGAUGUGAAGACCGAAUUCUUACUGAAACAGUUUGUAAAUAAAAAGGACGUGUUGAAUCACAUCAAGAAGAGUUACCGCUUUCAGGGUGGAGUAUCACUGGAUAUACCACAUGCCUUUGACUACCUGAUAAAAACUCACUUUAUUGCAUCAGCUGGGAGUCGGAAAAAUGAAGACAUUCCCCAGAUCGCAGUAAUAAUUACUAAUAAAUCAUCACAGGCUGCUGUUAAAACACAUUCCAAAGCUUUAAUCCAAGACGGUGUGACAGUUUUCUCCAUUGCUGUAUCAGAGUUUGAUCAACCAGAAAAAGCAAUCGAUUAUUCAUCAUACCCAUUUCUUUUCCAAAAUUUUUACUUACAUCAUGCAUACCAACAUUCAGUUGACGUGGCUCACACAAUACGAAAUAUAACUAAACAAGAGAGAACGCUCAAACAACCUGCAGUGUGCCUAUCUGCCUUAGUCGCUGAUAUUGUUUACAUUGUGGACGAAUCUGGCAGCAUUGGGGACACAAACUUUGAACUGAUCCGUAAUUUUUUGGUCAGUGUUAUCAGCUUAAUGGAUAUAGGUCCAGACAAAGUGCAAAUUGGUUUGAUUCAGUACAGUACUUAUCCCACAUCAGUUUUUUACCUUAACAGAUUUCAAACGAAGAGUGAUGUGCUUGACCGUGUACGAACAAUACCUUACAGAAAGGGAAGGACAGAAACUGGGGCUGCCAUUGAUUAUGCAAUGCGCAAUUACUUUAUAGAAAGUCGUGGUAGUAGGAUGAAGCAUGGAAUCCCUCAGAUUGCUGUGGUGAUCACUGAUGGCCAAGCCGCUGAUGAUGUGAAAGGUCCAGCCAUUGCCCUCCGACGUCUUGGUGUUAAAGUCUUUGCUUGUGGAAUCAAAGAUGCCAAUAAAACUGAACUCCAAAUUAUUGCCUCAUACCCUCCAGAAAAUUAUGUUUUCAAUAUUGAGAGCUUUGACCGAUUGAAGACAGAAAAACAUCAAAUACAGAAGAAGGUUUGCAACACCAUUAAAAAAAUAGUCUCAACUGAACCAAAUGAACAGGAGGAUCUUGAGCAAGGCUGCGUUUUUACAGAAGCCGAUAUCUUUUUCCUAGUUCAUGCGUCAACCAGCGAAAACUUCCAGGAAGUGAGAAAAUUUCUUCAAGAUACGACGAGAUUCUUCAGUAUCAGCGAAAACCAGGUUCGGGUUGGAAUUGUCCAGUACGCAGAAAAUCCAGAAACUGUAUUUAAAGCCACUCAGUGCACCAGCAAAACAGAAUUGGAGAGAGCAAUUCAACAAAUCAGUCAAAUCACAGGAAAUACUAACACAGGCCAUGCAUUAACCUAUAUGAAGCGUUUCACUAAUGAAGCAAAGAGAACCAGUGUGCCCCGUUUUCUAAUCACCAUCACAGACAGACAGUCGCAAGAUGAUGUAACAACUCCUGCUGAAGAGAUAAGGCAACAGGGGGUCACUGUAUAUGCUGUUGGUGUGGGAGACAUAAAGGAAAAUGAACUUCAGCUCAUUGCAGGUGACAAUGAAAGAGUCUUUUACAUGAGAAACAUUGAUGCUUUGUCACAUGUGAAAAACAGCAUUGCACGGGAUAUCUGUUCCAAGGAAGCUUGCAGGCUAAAAGCUGACAUCAUCUUCCUAAUUGAUGGAUCAUCAAGUAUAACUUCAGAUAAUUUUCAGAAAAUGAAGGCAUUCAUGAUAACAUUUGUAAAUCAAAGCAAUAUUGGACCAGAUAAUGUACAAAUUGGGGUAAUACAGUAUUCCACAAAUCCAAAUCCAGUGUUCCAGCUUAAUAAUUACUUUUCAAGAACUGAUCUACGCAGAAAGAUUGAUAACAUAAUGCAGCUGACAGGGAACACUCAUACAGGUCAGGCGCUGAAUUUUACAGCAGACUACUUUAAUGAAGCCAAAGGGGGACGGCCUGAUAUCCCACAGUACCUCAUAGUGGUAACCGAUGGAGCGGCACAGGAUGACGUCCUUCAACCAGCCAAAGCAAUAAGGGAUAAAGGAGUCAUUGUGUUCGCCCUUGGCGUGUUGCAAGCUAACUACAGUCAGCUUCAGGAAAUUGGAGGAUCCAAUGAUAAGGUUCACUAUAUCAAUAGCUUUGACCUGCUGACAGAGGUGCAAAAGAAAAUUUUAUGGAGCAUGUGCAAGCCACGUAGAGCUUGCAAAACGACUGAAGUGGUAGACAUUUUAUUUGUAAUCGAUGGUUCUGGAAGCAUUGAGCCAGAUAUGUUUGAAAUCAUGAAAAUAUUCAUGGAGACCCUGGUGAACCAGACCAAUGUUGGCGCAAACAAAACUCAAAUUGGAGCUAUGAUGUUUUCCGACAGUCCCAAGACCCUAUUUCAAAUGAAUGAACUGCGUACUAAAGCUGCCGUGCAGAAGAAAAUCAGGCAAUUAAACACUUUAGGAGGAAGCACUUAUACAGUCGAAGCCCUUAAACAUGCAAUGACUCUUCUGAGUGGGGCCAAUGGUGGACGAAAGGAAGCUGGAGUGCCUCAGUUCCUGUUACUCAUAACAGAUGGGGAAGCGACAAAUAAAUUAGGACUAAAUGAUACAGCUGUAGCUAUCAGGAAUAGCGGUGUUCAUGUCUUCGCUAUUGGUGUAGCUCCAGCUGAUGAAAGAGAACUUCGGAUGAUUGGAGGUUCUGACGAGUAUUGGUUUUAUGCUACUAAUAUCUCUCAUUUGGAGUAUUUAUCCCAAAACAUUUCUGAUCGCAUCUGUUUAGAAACCAAAGAAGAUUGCACAAUUGAAGAAGCAGAUGUUGUUUUUCUAGUUGAUGGAUCAGGAAGUAUUUCCUCAAAUAACUUUACAUCCAUGAAAACGUUCUUGAAAUAUAUAAUUAAAACACUUACUAUGGGUUCAAAAAAAUUUCAGUUUGCAUUAGUCCAAUAUAGCACAAGUCAAGUCAUUGAAUUUAAUCUGAGCGAUAAUUUUAUCGUUAAUAAAAUUGAUAAAAUCAUCAAACUGGACGGAGGCACCCAGACAGGGAAGGCACUUAGAUUUGUGAAGGGCCUCUUUGAACCAUCAGCAGGAAGUCGAAAGCUGAAAGGGGUCCCUCAGUCCCUCUUGGUGAUUACAGAUGGGAGAUCCAGUGACAAGGUGGCUGCCCCCGCCAAUGACUUGAGGAAGGAAAACAUCAAUAUUUUAGCCAUUGGUAUUGGAGAUGCGAAAGAAGCUGAGCUGCUUCAAAUUAGUGGAGCGCCGGAGAGGAAAUUUCUUCUUUCAGGAUUCAAGGAAUUAGAUAAAAUUAAACGAAGAAUUACUCGUGAACUCUGCUCUAAAUCUCAAGCCUGCUCCAUAGAUAUUGCUGUGGGAUUUGACAGCUCAAAUCAGAGACAAUUUGAAAACAUAUUUGCUGGCCAAGAUAAACUACGGGUAGAGCUGGAUGAAAUCUUAAGGCAAAUUACCUCUCUGACUAAGAUCAGCUGUGUCUCAAAUUCGAAAAUGGAAGUAAGAGUUGCAUUGUAUGUCCAAAACGAGAAGGAGCAGGUUGUCCAUGAAACACGAUUCGAUAAAAACAUUUCAAAACUGGCAGAUGGUCUGCAAGGUAUCAAGAUGGAUAGCCAAGUUAGCUUAAAUGCAAAGAAUUUAAAAUCAUUUUUAAGGAAGUUCAAUGAAACAGAUUCAAAAGUCAAGGUGAUUGUAAUAUUCACGGAUGGAUUAGAUGAUACCUUAGAUCAACUCAAGCAAACAUCACAAGUACUCAAAAAAAAUGGAAUCCAUUCACUCAUCCCUGUGGCUCUGGAAGGUGCCUUAAAUGUUAAUGAGAUUCCUUACAUUGAGUUUGGAACUGGAUUUGCAUACAAAGAACAGUUGUCCAUUGGAAUGAAAGAUAUUGGAAAUGCUUUGCUGUACAAAAUAAGCGCAGUUGCAGAAAAACAGUGUUGUGAUGUGAAUUGUGUGUGCACAGGAGAAUUAGGAAGACCAGGCAAUUUGGGAAGUCACGGGAUGAAGGGAAACGAUGGCCUGCCUGGAUUCCCUGGCCAUCCAGGAACAGAUGGAGAAGAGGGCAAGAGAGGCCCACCAGGUGUCACUGGUCCUGCAGGAUUUAUAGGGUGCUCAGGUAACAGAGGUAGGAAGGGAAAUAGAGGUUAUCGAGGAACAAAGGGUAGUGGUGGAGACUAUGGUAUUGAUGGAAUCGACGGAGAGCAGGGAGAAAAUGGAGAGCUUGGAUCAGCAGGGGUGAAAGGGAAGCCAGGAUAUCUGGGCAAGAAAGGCUGGAAAGGCGACAUGGGUGUGCGUGGUCAACUUGGAAUACCUGGAGACCCUGGCACACCUGGUAUCAGUAAGGACACAGCAGGUGAAAAAGGCAUCAAAGGAGCCCCAGGACAACAGGGUGAGAUGGGAAUUCAUGGUGAUGGAGGAUCUGCUGGAUUAUCAGGCAGCCGUGGUCCAAGAGGUUCAAGAGGAAUGCUAGGCACAAAGGGAGCAAAUGGAAGUGAUGGGAAGCGAGGUCAUAAAGGAGAUCCAGGAAUCCAAGGACCACAGGGAGAACCUGGCAGUCCUGGAUCCAAAGGUCAAAACGGUGGUCGUGGAUCCAGAGGUCAGCAGGGUCUGAAUGGAAUUGCUGGUUCUGACGGAAUAGAUGGCAACCUUGGAGCAAAAGGACAUACUGGGCAACACGGACAGCCUGGGAUCAAAGGCACUAAAGGACAGGCGGGACCUCGUGGGAGCCCGGGCAUGGAUGGUACAGGUGGAUUUGGUUCUCCAGGAAUUAAGGGAAGAAAGGGAGAGCAAGGAAAUGUUGGAAACCCUGGUCUUCAGGGAGAAGCUGGGGAACCUGGUCAACUGGGCAAAGAUGGGCCCAAAGGAGCAAGAGGGCAGAGGGGGAAUGCUGGAUUUUCUGGUGAACCAGGGAUUCCAGGUGAUUUUGGAGAUCCCGGACCCAGUGGCUCCAGAGGACCACCUGGCAUUGCCUCUAUGACACAAUGUGAAUUGACAACGUACAUUCGAAACAAUUGCCCUUGUUGUUCGAAAAGAAGGGGAGAAUGCCCUGCGUAUCCCACAGAGCUGGUGUUCGCUCUGGACACAUCCUCAGAUGUCACACCAGCUAUAUUUCAAAGGAUGAAGAGAAUUGUAAUUAAUUUCCUGCAGGAUAUUAACAUAGCCGAAAGCAACUGUCCCACAGGAGCUCGUGUGGCUGUUUUAACAUACAAUGACAUAGCAAGGCCUUUCAUUCGAUUUUCAGACUUUAAGAAAAAAGCUUUACUUGUGAAGGAAAUAGAGGCACUAGCACAUGAACGGUCAAACAGAAGACGAAAUAUUGGUGUUAGUAUGCAAUUUGUUUCAAGAAAUACUUUUAAACGAGUUCGUAAUGGCGCCCUUGUAAGAAAAAUAGCCGUGUUCAUCACAAAUGGAGGAUCCCAAGACACUGCAGCUGUUUCUGCAGCUUCCAUUCAAUACAGUGCUUCAGGUAUUACUCCAGUCAUCAUCUCCUUUAAGAACAUCCCAGACAUAAAAAACAUUUUUAGGGAUGCAGUGGUUGUGUUGUCCAGGCAGCAGCAAGCAUCCCAAGAAAUGUUACGCCAAGUUCAGUUAUGCACAUUGUGCUUUGAUGUAUGUGAGCCACAUGAAGAAUGUGAAUGGAUCACCUCACCCAUUCCUAUUCCAGUAAACCUGGACUUAGCUUUCAUUGUUGAUGACUUAGAGCAAAUGGAAACUGCAGAAUCUGAAACAGUUCAGCAAUUCUUAAACUCAAUGCUUAACCAGUUUAUAAGUUCUUCAGAACCAAAAGCCUCUGACCUUCAACCCCGGGUGGCUCUGGUACAACACACAUCAAAUUCCGCACCAGGAUAUGGGAAAGGUCCAUUUAAGCUGGAGUUUGGAGUUUUGGAUUACACUGCAAAAACACUGAAGAAGAGACACAUCCAAGACUCAUUCUUUCAAUUAGAGGACUUCUCUGGCAUCGGCAAUAGCAUUGAAUGGAGCUUGAAGAAUUUCUUCCCAAGUCUCACAAACCAGCACAUUUACAAGGUUAUCUUUACAAUAUUCUCAGGGAGAACAAUCAUUGAUGAGAAGAAAUUACUGGAAAUAUCACAAGAAGCCAAAUGUAAAGGUUUUGCAAUGUUUGCACUGGCCCUUGGGGAGGUAACUAAUGUCACAGUCCUGGAGGAGUUUGUCAGUUUUCCUUUUGAUCAACAUUUAGUUCAACUGGACAGAGUCCUGGAGCCUGAAAUGGAAUAUGCACAAAAGUUUUCAGUGGCUUUCCUGAAAAACCUGGCAAUGGGAAUCAACAAUUAUCCACCUGCAGCUCUACAGAGGGAGUGUGGAGGAAUAAAAUCUCAGCGAGCAAGGGAAACCAGAGCCUCUGCAGAUUUAGAGCGAGCAAAUAUGAUGCAAAACAUGGAAGGCCUAAAAGCCAAUAUUAAUGGUGAAACUUUGAUUGAACGCCAAGGAAACACUUUCUCCAGUGAGGACAAUAAAGUUCUGAAUGUAUGUGAAUUAAAUGUCGAAAGCGGGAGCUGUUACAGCUACAAUUUAAAAUGGUUCUUUGAUGCAACAGAACAAGUCUGCAAAAGAUUCUGGUAUGGUGGGUGUGGAGGAAACAAGAACAGAUUUGACACCCGGAAAGAAUGUGAAGCCUUGUGUCUAAAAUCUGCCUUCUAAACAUUGAUAUACAUGGGUUGAGAUUUUUGAAUUUAUGUCUCUGCAAAGAAGAAUAAAAUGAAAAACAACAUCAAGAGAAGGCAAAAGCUCUAUUGUGAUUUGCAUUUGCAAGAGAAAAAGCCCAUAUGAACAAAAAUUUAACCACAACCUUACCAAGGAACAAUAAUCCUCCAUAAUUGUGAAUAUGUUAGUCAAUGUUUCUUUUUAUAUUUACUCUUAACUGUUUUAUUCUACUCUGACAGUACCAUUACCACGCUGCUAAACAGUUUUGAGUUCUCUUCGGAUUUAACACUCUGGUUAUUUUUGUAACCUGAUCAGCAAAAGAAUCCCAAUAUAGGAGCGGCACAUCUCCAUGUGAGAAUGAAUUACGCCCACCCUGGAUCACCACUGACCUCUCCAAAGUUCACAGGGCUGGGGAAAGCACUGUGAUUUAAAUGCCUUUGGCUGGCCAGGGGCAUCUAUUCCCACCAAAGAUCGCAGGAAGCCUAGCAGAGUGUGCUGAGCUGAAGAGGUUUAGACUGUUCCAUUCAUUGCACUCCAAUAUCAGCAAUACAGGGCCUAAAACACUCCUGAGGCCCUAUACUUGCUUAUGUAAGGGGCUUAAUGCUUAUUUCAAGAGACCACCAGGGACACCUGCAAAAAGGGCAUAACCUGCGAUCAGGUCAGUCAUCUUACAGGCAGGUGUUGGCUCACAAUGUUGGUCCCUGCAAUUGGUUCUCAGUGUGCCCAUAAAACAAGUGCAAUGAGCCUCAAUUUUCAACCUCAUUAUGUAAGUACCUGUAGAGCAAAGGGUUAACUCUAAUAUUUUAAUAAUAGCUACUGAGCAUGUGUAUAAGAAGUUAUGUCAUAAUGAUGUUACUCUGAGAGCAGCAGUAGCUCGGGUCCUGGUAUUCUGUCAUCUUGUAUCUAGUUAGUUAUGUAAAUAUAAGUACUUUGAAGGAAAGACCUUUGCCUCCAGCCAGAUCUCUUAACUGGAAUAAGACACCCAAGGUCUCCUGAGACAACCCAACAAUGAGACGGUGCCUGCAGCUGCCAAGAUAUGUUCCUUAUGGCUGCUGCUUUCCACUGUUAGAGCUGGAUUAUGGAGUCGGCCCUCAUGUAUGAGCAUGUAAGGCUAAGCAGCAGGCAGGUGGCACCCUUGACUGUAAUGCAGGUCACCAAAUUAAGGGAAGCAUUUUUGGAGAAUCAAGUGCAGGCUUUGCCCAAAUUUCCAAUUUGCAUCACUGGUGUAUGACGCUCACUUGAAAUCUGCUGGAUGAAUGGGUGCGAGCUUCCAGUCACAGUGCAAUAUCGUGCACGGCACACGUCUAAAUUACCACUAUCUAUUCUGAUUGUGAGAUACCAUGCUAGCAAUGUGUAAUCGGAAAAUGAUGCCUGCUUCACAUCAGCAGAUCAUCCACUCUAUUUCACUUUCCUGGCACCUCUCCAUCGAAUUCCUAACCAUGUGUCAGAGUAUGUGCUAUUUUAUAAAGUUGGGAACAUUAAAGGCAACAAGCAGUCAGACUCUCUUUCUGUGAAAAAAUAGAUGCAAAUUUGUUAAUACUCCAAGAUUCAUGGGGUUGUGCCAUAAUGGUAUUGUUACUGAACUAGUAUUCCAGAGACCCAGGGUAAUGCUGUGGGGUCCUGGGUUCAAAUCCCACCAUGACAAGCGGUGAAAUUUGAAUUCAAUAAAAAUCUGGAAUUAAGCUCUGGAAAUAAGUGACAACCAUAAAACAAUUGCCAUAAAAAGCCAUGUGGCUGCAGACCACAGCAAUGCGAUUGACACUUAAAUGCCCUCCGAACAAAGGCAUAAAGGGAUAGGCAAUAAAUUCUGGCCUGGCCAAUGACACCCAUGAACAAAUUAGUAAAGAAAUAUGCAGGAAGAAAAGUGAAGUAUGCUAAGGGUAGAAUUUUAUGCCAGCGGGAUGUCAGUGGAGAUUAAAAUGUCUCACUGCAUUUUAGGGCCCGAUCCCUGUCACAGCCACACUGGGGCUGCAAAAUUCCAGCCUGAAAGAUGCACAAAAUAAGAAUCUGAAAAUGCCAUUGGAAAUGUGUAAAUAAAGAAUCUUGAACU